AUGCUGCGCAUGCGGAUGCUUUCAGGAGAGGAGGUGGCGUCAGUGCCUGCGGGAGAGGAGGUGGCCAACGUGAGGGCGUUGAAGCUUGUACUGAACAAGGAGCACGGGUUUCCCCCGCGAUUCAGGCAAAGGCUAUUCCUUCGUGGUGAUCUACUGGAAGAUGAUUUCGAGCUAGCCACUUCUACGGACAUGGUCCUAGAGUUGCUAGUGCUCGACUUCGCAAACGUCUCAUCACAGCAAGUGGAGGAAUUAAUUCGAGCUGCCACAUUCGCCGAGCUGUCAGAGGUUGAAUCCAUGCUUCAGCUGCCGCAAGAUCCCAAUCUUACACCUCCAUCAGGUGACACGGCGCUGGCAACUGCGGUUGCUGGGAACCACUUGCAGAUCGCGCGAUUGCUAGUCGAAGCCGGAUCCCGCUUAGAUGCUGCGGUUGGGGAUGUCUGCUCGAUGCCGCUGUCUAUUGCAGUCAAUGUUCCUGGCGGCGGUGUCGCGAUGGUGAAAUUCUUGCUGGAGGCCGGAGCCAGUAUCGAUGCAAGAAACGCCCAUGGUAGCACAGCGCUCAUACUAGCUGCUGCGUUUGGCUGCACCGAAGUCGUGCGUUUACUACUCCUCGAGGGUGCCGGGGUCGACUUGACGGACAGCAUUGGCUGGACAGCAUUGAUAACGGCCAGUUCUCGCGGCCAUGCAGAAGUUGUGCAAGUUCUGCUUGGUUUCGGAUCCAAUAUGCACCAUGUCAACCAGGCAGGCACGGCACUGUCCCAGGCGUCCUACGCUGGCCACGACGCAAUUGUGCGUUUGCUUUUGCAGCACAGGGCACAAGUCGAAGACCACGACGUGUUUGCCGCAUCUACGAAAGGUCAUGUCCACUGUGUGCGGCUGAUGCUGAAGGCCCCGGGCUGGAGGAAUGUAAGCAGAUGCUUCCGUCGAAGAUCGAUAUGCUCUGUGUCAUUAACGCAUGCAUCGAGACAAGGUAAUGUCGACCUCAUUCAAGUACUGCUCGAAGCGCGUGCAGACGUGGACAUCCGGAUCCGCGACUUUACCGCGCUGAUGGAGGCUUCUCUGUGCAGCCGGGUGGACGUGGUUCGCGUUCUGCUGAAGGCAGGUGCCGACAAGGAUGCAACGGAUCGAGAUGGCACCACGGCUUUGAUGCUGGCAUCUAUGACUGGCCACGCCGAGAUUGUUCACAUGCUGCUGAAGGCGGGUGCCGACAGAAACUUGGUUUCCAAAGAUGGAGCCACUGCGAUGAUGGAAGCUACUUCGUGGGGACACAUCGAGGUCAUGGGCUUGCUGAAGCCUCGAAAGCGGAAGAGGGGAUCCCUAUAA